AUGUCUGAGUCAUGCCCAUUGGUUGAUCCUAUGGGUAAACCAAUGGGUUUGGUACCAACUACCGCCAAAGUUCACGAUACCAUUUUGAACUUUGAAAGGGGCGGACCGGACAAUGAUGAUACAGAUGAUGUCAAUAUGAAGUAUCAAGUUUUCAAGGAAAUAUUAGAAAGUGUGCAGGAUCGAAUACGACAUGAAUCGCAGAGCAGAGCGGAUACCAUGAAUGUGUUGCAAAAGGAAACUGAAAAGGCUACUAAUGAUUUACUGUUCAAGUUGCACAAUGAAAUUUUCAAGCGCAUAGAUUCAACUUCAGUUGAGUUACGUAACGCACUGGAAAGGGCUACCAAAUUAGAAGCUAGUAUUGAUGAAUUGAAAAGAGAGACUUCCAUGGUUUUUAUGAACGAUCUGUCACUCAUACAACAGCAAUUGACGCAUCUUACCAAUGAUUUUUCAGAUCAAUGCAACAUUUCCAGGGAAAUUGAUGAAUCAAUACUAGCAAGAGCCAAUCAAAUAGAUAAAUCAACUGCCCAACUAAUAACUGUGCAGUAUAAUGAGGUGAAGAAGGCAAUUUCUACGUUGGAAAAUAAAAUAGAUAAGACUGUUGUCAGAUUCAAGAACAAUCAGAGCAAUUUGUACAACAGCAUAAAACACGAGCUGCAAGCCUUGACCAGAGCUUUAGAGCUAGCCACCCAAGCUAGGAAGGAUUCUGAUGAAUGUAUCGUUCAGGCUAUUGACGAAAUGAUGAAUUUACUACCUAAAGAAUUGCAACUAUCAGAUAAAGAACCACAGAAGUAUGGAGAAGACACUAGUAACCAAAAUAAUGAUGAAGAUGCCUGUUAA